AGUAAUGUAUUAUAUAAUGUCGUCCUAGACGGAACAAACGUGCUACAGUUUUAAUAAGAGGGUCCCACUUAGGGUUCUUUCAGAAAUUGCUCUUUUCCUUUUAAGUGACGGAGCUGUGCUGUAAUUUGAGAGCAGACAUAUCCAAGGGAUAUCAUUAGCCAACCAAAGAGUCUGUCUUCGCUAUCCAGAUGUUGAAGUAGCAGAAGAGACGGCCAAAGACACUACAAAACCAUUCCCUAAUCCAACUCUCUACUCCUUCAAGCCUGAAAACAUCCUCGGUAAAUUCAACAGCCAAGAAAAAAAACACAGACAUUUCAUCCUGCAGCCAUAGAUGUUGUUGUUGUUAUCCAGAGCGGAACUAUUCUUAUCACAGAGGGUAUCACGGGGGAAAUCAUCUUAAAAACGUUUUCCUGUUUGUUUUACGCCUGUUUUUUUCUGUUUGUUUGUUUGUUUGUUUGUUUUCUCAUUUUGUAUUUAUUUAUUUAUUUAUUUUUUUUUGCAAACUUGAUAAGCUCGCAGGAUUUAGGAUUGACUUGUUUACUGGAAAGCCUUGUGAUGUUUUGCAAGCAAAUCGUUAUUAAAUAUUUUGCAGCCGUGUGUUUAUUGAAACCCUGAUAGCCUUUGCAAAGGAUUAUACGCGUUUUAACUAUAUUAUAUAUAGAGUAAAACACACACACACACACACACACACACACACACACACACACACACACACACACACACACACACACACACAAACUAUAACUUUUGAUAUUAAGAUCAUUAAAAAAAUGUUUGAGUUUGUGUUUAAGUUGCUGUUGGCUGCUAGUAUUUCUCUGUUGCCCGUAUGCUGUGAUUUUUAUAAUGGACCACUAUUACCAGAAAUGUCAAACGGGACUCUGCACCACUACUUUGUCCCAGAUGGAAAUUACGAGGAAAACGACGACCCGGACAUCUGCCAGAUGCUUUUUAAAAUGACUGACCAUAGAACGUGCGGAAUGGAGCAAGACCAGGACUCGGUGAUCCGAGACGACUUUACAGUCAUAAAGCGGCAGAUUGAGGAUGCCGGGCGGGUGCUGGAGGGAGUCGGCAAGAGCAUCUCGUACGAUUUGGACGGGGAAGAGAGCUACAGCAAUUACCUGAGGAGGGAGACGUCACAGAUCGAGGAAGCAUUUACCAAUUCCGAGAAAUCUUUAAUCGAACUGGAAGUGAAGUUUAAACAGAGCCAGGAGAACGAACUGAAAGAGGAGCAUCGCAUCAACGAUGACUUUUUGGACAUGAUAGUGCACACCCGCGGCGUCCUGACAGGCACGUUGGAUACAUACGUCGGGCUAAAGGAUAAACAUGAGCUCCUCUCUCUGACAAUAAGGAGCCACGGGACAAGGUUAGGCAGACUCAAGAACGAGUAUGUGAAAGAGCAUUCUUAACGACAUGAUAAUAUAAUACACGUGUGUGUGAAAUAACACAGGUUUUAACCAUGAUUCGAAGCAUGAAUGCUUCCAAAAAGUGUUGCAACAUUGGUAUAGAAAACAUUUAACACCAGUGCUUAUUCCCUUUAUGCGUCUGUCAAAAGUAGUGUACGGUUGCUAUAUUGCAAUCUUCUGCUCUGUCUAUAGGUUCAAUGCCAGAAUGAGACUUGAAGGUUGUGCUUGUUUUCAAAAGGUAAAAUGAUGUUAUUCUCUACCUUAGCUAAAGUGCUUGCUUAACAUGUAUGCACCUGAUGUCAUACUAAUUAUUAUUAUUAUUAUUAUUAUUAUUAGUAGUAGUAGUAGUAGUAGUAGUAGUAGUAUUAUAAAUAAAAAUGUAAUAAUGAAUUUAGACAAACGUUUUGAUCUUAAUCAAUGUCUACCUAUGUUGCUACAUAUCUUUUCAUGUCACUAUUAUUAUUAUUAUUAUUAUUAUUAUUAUUAUUAUUAUUAUUAUUAUUAUUAUUAUUAUUGCUUGAUUGAGUUUAUCUGCAAUAUGCAUGCAAGUUACUAUUUGAAAUAUGAAUUUACAGUCCUCUGUUAUUUUAACACAUUCUAUCAGGUAGUCCCUUCUAAAAUAAAUAUACUCCACGGACAAGGCAAAGACUUGAAUCGGCUUAUUUGUGUUAUUGGAAAACACUUGUAAAACAUGAUCAUUCAGAAUGCUAUGCAUAGGUUUCAGUAGAACAAUUCAGUACUGAACAGAUCAUGAGGUGCUGUAGCUGCAGUCCUGCAUGAGCAUCAUGACCAUUGAGCAUUACUGCAAAGUAAAAAAGAAAUACUAAUUCAGCAUUAAUAUUGAAGUACUUUGGAGUAGAUUCAUAAAAAAAUAAACAUUAAAAGGCAAUAGAACAGUCCAGUAUUUGUGUACACCAUUCUACAAAUAUACUUAAUAUAUUUGUAGUAUUGCAUGCCAUUUCUAGAAUCCUGGUCCUACAUAUUAUAAUAUAUAUUAAAAGGCCAUUGCUAAGUUAUUGCAAUUUCUACCAAAGCUAUUCAAUGCUUUGCCCUGUGCUAAAUUGGAUUUGGUGCACAUCAAAGUGAGUUAUGUUUUUCUCCAGGGGUAUUUGCUACAUAUACUGCAGAUGUCUUCACCCAACCAAAGCCUGAUUCAGAAGCACUUUGGCCCAUAUUCACAAAGCAUCUUCCACCGUGCUUAAAUAACACAUGUUUUAUUUUUCUAAAAAAAGAAAACAAAAUGUUGGCCUUACAAAGCUUGAAAAAACAAAGUCAGGAUGUUAAUUUAAGAGCUCCUGCUAAAGCUGUUUGUGCAACAAAUUGGCUACUUGUACAAUUAAAAAGCGUGAUGUGGUGAAUUGUUUUGUGAUCGUAAUCCACUUUCUUAAGAUUUUUAGUAGGAAAAUAAAAAUGUAAUAAUGAAUUUAGACAAACGUUUUGAUCUUAAUCAACGUCUACCUAUGUUGCUACAUAUCUUUUCAUGUCACUAUAACACUUUUCUAAAUGAAAAUAUUGUAUAUACAUUAUAACAUGAAAGAAAACUUUUGUUGUAAUACAAAUUGUUAUAUAAAUGAGCUUUAACUUGUAUUAAUUUAAUGCUGUGACUGUAUAUUUAAUGAACACAAAAAAGGAAGAACUGUAAUAUUGUGUCAAAUGUUCUCAGUAUCCUAUAAUCAUUCCUACUCAUGAUAUUGCUCUAUUCAACAUAACAGGAAUGAUUUCAAUCCAACAUUGUAUUCUACAUGUUAUUAUUGGUUGAAAUAAAGUUUUUUUUUUCUUUUAAGGAUGAA